CUCCAUCUUUAGAACAACUCCCCUUCCGAUUUUGGAUUUUGCCGAUAAAAACAUCUUUUUAUUAUUGUUGAUGGCCUGACCCACAACCAACAAUGAUUGGUGGGUUGUUUAUCUAUAACCACAAAGGAGAAGUCCUAAUCUCUCGGGUAUACAGGGACGAUAUUGGCCGAAAUGCUGUUGAUGCAUUCAGGGUCAAUGUUAUCCAUGCCCGCCAGCAGGUGCGGUCUCCCGUAACAAAUAUUGCCAGGACAAGCUUCUUCCAUAUCAAAAGAUCUAACAUCUGGGUUGCAGCCGUCACAAAGCAAAAUGUCAAUGCGUCAAUGGUUUUCCAGUUUCUUGUGCGAAUGUGUGAGGUCAUGCAGUCCUACUUUGGAAAAAUCUCUGAAGAAAAUAUCAAGAAUAACUUUGUUCUGAUUUAUGAAUUACUUGAUGAAAUUCUCGAUUUUGGAUACCCCCAGAAUACAGACACCGGAAUAUUGAAGACUUUUAUCACACAACAGGGAGUCAAGUCGCAGCUAAAUCUAAAGGGUCAGACCAAAGAGGAGACUAGUCAGAUCACGUCGCACGUCACUGGCCAGAUCAGCUGGAGACGAGAAGGCAUCAAGUAUCGUCGGAACGAGUUGUUUCUUGAUGUACUGGAGUCCGUCAACUUACUAAUGUCACCGCAAGGCCAAGUGCUUAGCGCCCACGUCGCUGGCAAGGUCGUAAUGAAGAGCUACCUCAGCGGUAUGCCCGAGUGUAAAUUUGGUAUCAAUGAUAAGUUAGUGUUAGACAGCAAGGGAAAGAGUUCUGCCGACGAUGCGUCUAGGAGUAACUCCAAGACCAGUACUACAGGUAAAACUUCAAUCGCCAUUGAUGACUGCCAGUUCCACCAGUGUGUCAAACUCAGCAAGUUUGAGACGGAGCAUAGCAUUAACUUCAUUCCUCCUGAUGGCGAAUUUGAACUCAUGAGGUAUCGUACGACGAAGGACAUUAGUCUACCAUUCCGGGUUAUACCACUGGUUCGAGAGGUUGGCCGUUCCAAAAUGGAAUGUAAGGUGGUCGUCAAAUCGAACUUCAAGCCAUCUCUUCUUGCCCAGAAAGUCGAGGUUCGGAUCCCCACCCCCCUGAACACGAGUGGAGUCCAAGUGAUCUGCAUGAAGGGCAAGGCCAAGUACAAAGCCAGCGAGAAUGCUAUCGUCUGGAAGAUCAAGCGUAUGGGUGGUAUGAAGGAAUGUCAACUAAGUGCUGAGAUUGAACUUCUAAACACCAAUGACAAGAAAAAAUGGACAAGACCACCUAUUUCAAUGAACUUUGAGGUUCCUUUUGCCCCAUCCGGGUUCAAGGUACGCUACCUGAAAGUGUUUGAGUCGAAGCUUAACUACAGUGACCACGAUGUGAUCAAGUGGGUGAGAUACAUUGGCAAGAGUGGCUUGUACGAGACGAGAUGUUAAUACAAAAUGCCACCACCUUGAACGGGACUAUCACAACAAUAGACUAAUAAUGAGAGAUUCUGUUAGUGUUAUACAGUAUCCAUAGCUACAAAACAAAUGUACGGACUCAUCGAGGUUUGUUGUUCUUUGGAUAUUCAAAAAAGGAUUGGUCACACGAGAACUCAACUGAUGCAAUUGUAUUGCCUUGAAAUAACAGUAAAUAUGACUUUGUUGUGAGCAUGCAAAGUGAUGAGUCCAGUUGAAAAUGUUAUGAUUGCGAUACACUGAUGCUGUGGUGCAGAACGUUGAAAUCGUUAUGUCUGUGUUAAACUAGUAAAGAAUGGAACCUGUGCAUUCCGUAGUUUCUGUAAAUGUCAUAUUAGAAAUGUAACCUAGAUUGACGGCCGCUGUAGAACUCAUCUCGAUUCAGACUAACUUGAGUUGAGGUGAAUGCUUGCUAGAUAACUCAUAUCUGUAGAGACAUCAGUGGCUAAGUCUGAAAGACAUAUUCCAGGUCAGUUUUUGGUAAAUCAAUACUUUUGAGAUGCAUUACCUUUCUCGCUAUUUCAAUUAUGUUAUCCAUGAUAAAAGAGGAAAGAUGAAUUAAGAAUAAGUGAUUAAAAGUACUGAAAGUUGUGUAUAAAUAUCACUUAUUUGAAACCACAUCGUGCUGAGGUAUGCCCAUGUCUGUAGUUUCUACUUCUGUCCUCAAUUGAGCAUGGUUCACUUUAUUCCUCUUGUACUUAAUAACUUUCAAAUAUCAUGCAUUUGACUUUUGUCACUCUGAGCAACACAUUGCCUCGAUGCAAACCUACAUGUAUGUCAUUAAUUUGCUCCUGUAAUGUUAGCCUAUAUUCGACUGUGUUAUUAUGGUGUGCAGUGUAAUGACAGUGUAUAGAAGCUGGAUGUCCUAGGUCAGAGCUGAAUUGGACAUGAAGCCAGUCUGAUGCUUUCUGGGCAUUUGCUUUUAUCAUCCUGGAUAAGUUGGAUACGUUUGUCAUGGCAAAUGCUUAACUUUGUUUUAAAAGAAAGGAAAAUGUUAGUACAUGUAGAUUGGCAAAGGCAUAUCAUUUGUCAUCCCAUGGCCCAAGCUUUGUAAGAGCGGUGAAACUUGGAUUGUGUCAGAAACUACAAACGGUAAACAGUCUAGCAUUUCCACUUCUGUAAUAUCACUGGAAAUCUGUGAUGAUAUGUUGGCAGUUUUGAUUAGCAAGAUGCACCAAAAUGCUUCAUUAGUAAGUCUGAUCCAGCUUCGGCCCGUCAGCUCUAAUCUACAUACUCUGCUCCCACCAGUGCAUGGUAACUUAAGAUCUGUGGUCAACCCAUAAAUGUGUUAGUGUUACUGAGUUAAAUGCAAUAACUGAACUACCCGGUAGUAACAAUGUAA